AUGAUUCUGCAACCAUCCUCUUCGAAGAGCAAGCUGACCUCGCAUCAGGAUCACCACCUCGUACCACACUCUAUCAGCCUCCGACGACUGUUAUCGCGUCUCGAUAAGUCGGAGUUGGUCUCACUCGUCACGAGGUGGCUCGACAAUGCAGGCCCGUCCUACAUCCCACCCAUGCUGUCGCGGCGUCAACCAAAAGCAGGCCAGGAAGACUCAGUGACAAACCUUACGCUCUACCAUGCAAUCUUGGAUCUGAACGAAGAGCGACGAUGUCGAUCCAUGGAUGAGCUCCGUUUGUUAUGGACAGGGCCAAUGUCGGAUCCUAGGGUUCCCAAGGCGAGAGCGCUGGAUCGAAUUUCGGACGUGGAUUGGCCAGAGGGACUCAGCUAUGCAAUGGUCGCCGAGCUUGAUCUAUUCUAUGCUCACGCACGACAGCUUUCCAAGACAUGGAGCACCGUGAAACUCGAAUACGACGACGAUGUGGAUGCCGCUGGACGCGGGUGGGAAAGGCUUAGCGAGACACAGAUCCGUUUGCGCUUGGGAAACGAGCUAGGGCACUACUUUGAACAUCACAUCUACCUGCAUCCUCGCGUCAAGCCGGAAGAUCGCAACGCUGCUGCUGUACGCUCGUGGACCGACAGCUUUUCCUACUUCCGUAUUGUUCUGGCGCCUAUUCCAAGCGAUGUUUGCGGCACAGGACUGCACAUACUACACUUGCCACGAACACCUUUCCUUCUUGUCUCGGGAAGUCUGGGCCGUGGCUCGGAGAAUAGAGAGAUGGCGUUGUCCGCCUUUGCAGCGGCGGCGGGUGCUACCACGGUCAACUAUGCCAAGCCUGCUGCAGGGUCAGCGGCUGCGAAAAAGCUGCUAGCUGAACUCAACGACGCUGGCGAAGAUGCAGCUGGAAAUCGAAGGACGCUGGGAGAGUUGCGCGGCAAGGACCCAUUAGCGCUUCGAGAGAUUCUUCUGCACGAAUCAGGUCGGCUUUCGUCGACGUCAGACGCAAGUGCAGCGCCCGCAGGUGUAGCAGGAGGAGGCAAGGCGAGGCAGAUGCAAUUCUCACAAGGCGGUAGCGGCCAAGGUGCUGAAGAUGGACCGUUAAUUGCACCGCUCAAACGCCGUCGGGAGGAAGAUCUAAGCCUGUUAGGCAUUCGACCGCCAACACCGCCGGCUUCAGGGUCCGAACGCGACACGGUCUCCCUCUCAUCUGCUUCCACAUCUGCCCGUCCGACUCAGCGUCGCUCAUCACUCACGCCUUGCUCACAAACGCCGCAAGAAACACAUCAGCACGCCCGGGAGGCCCUCACUACGCGGAUGGAAUCUCAACGCGAAGCAAACGAGCUCUUCGGGCCGAAACCCAACCCUUACGAUCCGUCCAACGACGCUCUGCCACGCGUCGAGCGGAUCGAAUAUGAAUUGCACCUGCCUUUCCCCGCAAUGCAACGCUACAACACGCGCAGCUUAAUCGACAUGGAUGCGUACAAUUCCGAUCCAGAAAAGCCCAAGAUCAAGCUGCGACUUGAGGGAACACACGUCUUGGCUGGCUUGCGCAAACUCGUAGCUGCAGGAAUGGACAGGAGCACGUCCAGAUUGGAUGCGGGUGAAGGUCAAGGUGAUGAUGACGAUGAGGAGGAUGGGCAGGCCGAGAAGUAUGAGGGCGCGGUGAAGCCGGUCAAGCUCGAUGGACUGCCGGGAUGGCUGACCGAGGUGAGGGGAACCAAGGUGGUGGUUCAACCAUCACCGCCCGGUGACGAUAGUAGUAGAGACAUGUGA